AUGAGUUUUAGUCAUCAUUCUUCUCUUUUAUCACCAAAAACACUUCCAAGAUCCUCGCCGUUUGGAAAAUCAUUUUCUAGUGUGUCAGAUUCGAAUUUAAUUGAUCGAGAAGCAAGAUUAUCUGCAGAUGAACAAUUAUAUUUGCAAGAACUCGCUAGAUUUUACGCAGAUGUCGAACAAUUUGAACGUAGGAAAAGAGAAUUACAACAAAGUUCAGGGAAUAUAGCCGAUAGAACACGCAUUCUUGAAAAACUAGCAACAAACUUAUAUGAGUUCGAACAAGUGUUAAUCGAUCGAGAAGAAAAGGCAAAAAAGCGAAUAUCAGAUCAAGCUGCAAGAAAAGAUAAAGAAAAUAAGGAUAUAAUUGAUAAAGAAACAGAAAUUAAAAGUUUAGAACAACAAAUUCCACAAGAAUCAUUUCAUGAAGAACAAGAAUCUCACGAAAUCGAAGAAUUACAAAAAAUACGAUAUCAAAACGAAUCAAAAUCCAAAUUACUUAAGCAAAAACAACAAAAUAUUAUAAAUAAACAAAAAGAACUUGACCAAGAAUUAAUUAAACUAAAGGAAAUAGAAUACCAAGAGGAGGGUAUUAACAAAGGCGCAAGAGAUUUACUUAAUACAAUCUUAACGAAUUUACUCGAUGAAGAGCAAUACAAUAAGCUUCUUAAAGAAAAGGAAGAUCUUGAAGAUAAAUUAUUAGAAGCUAAUGCACGCAUCCAAAAUGCAGAUGCAAAGCAAAAACAAUUCACUAGAGAGCAAAAAGUCAGAUUAAUGGAAUUAAACAGUCUUCAAACAGAGUUAGACAAUGUAAAUCAAAGUAGCCAGAGUUUAAAAGAAUUGACAAGCAGACUUGACCAGUCUUUUCAGCAAAAUACAGAUUUUGAAUCUCAAAUACAAGAUCUUGACGGCCAAAUUGCAAGAUUGAAGAGGAAACUUGAGAUACAGAACGCAGAAAUCCAGAGAAUGGAAGCACAAGAGAAAGAUCUCGAAAAACGAAGAGCUGCUUGCGAAUCAAAUAAUAAAUCACUUGAUGAAAUUGAAAAUCAGCUCAAAAAGCGAAAACAACAAGUAGAAAUACAGAAGAGCUGUUUCCCAACACUUAAUAAAGAACUUGAUGAUCUCAAAAAGAAAUAUGAAGAGAAAGAAAAAUCUUGCACUAAAUUGGAAAAAACAACUCAGGAUAUUUUGCAUCAGUUCGAUCAGAUUCAAAAGCAGAUUUAUUCUUAUGCAAGUUCAACUCAAUCUGAGCAUCAGCAAGCUUUUGAAGGCUUAAGUGACGUUUUGUCUUCAAAUUAA